AUGGCAAGUCUUACUUCCUGUGCGGCAAAGCGUACUAUCGCUGCCGGUCAUUACCACGUCUCAUCGUCCAGCAUACUAUCAAUUAACAACUCGAACCUCAGCUCUCCAACCUCCCUAACCAAAGAUCUCAAAAACAACGAAGUCCCCAAAUACGUCGCCUUCGGCACCAACAACUCCUGGUACCGCUGCUCCAAGCGAAAGGACGCCAAAGUCGUCGAGACCGAAGUCAUCUGUACGCCCCCUUCCACUCCCAUCUACUACCACUUCUCACAGCCCGCCCCAGCAUUCAGCGACAACUUCCCAGUCCAAUACCCCUCCCUCGCCAAAUCACUCGCCGACCCUUCCCUCGCCUCCGCCCCGACCUGUCCCUCCCUCGGUCCGAACGGGUGCUACUUUGCGCACAUCGGCCGAAAACGUCUCUGGAAACUACCCAAGGAUAUGGAAGAAAGGCUCGGGAAUCUGGCGGAGUACGAAGCCGCCUGGCUUGGUAAAGCGGACAAAGGACCGAGUUACGUGGCGGUGAGGAAAGGUGGCGGGUUUUCUACGGAUCUGCAGGGUAACUGUUCGAAGUUGAAGGAAGACAUUAAGGCGUUUGGGGCGCCGAAGGUUUUGGCGUUGAAUCUGGAGAGUGGAGAGGAAUUUGUUGUCGGUAGGCGAGGUGCCCUUUUUCAGAUGUGGACGGUGCUGAUUGCGGUGGAAGUGUGGCCGAACGGUAAGUUUCGAAGCUGUAGCAGCAAGGAGUGUCUGACGUCGGAGGAGGCAGUUGCGUUCUUUGAGAAGGUCGGUUUCAGCAUGAAAGCGUCAGCAUGA